UCACUGGGCUCGUCAGAGACAGAACCACGUGUACCGUGUUGACUGUCAAAGUCUUCUGGAACCCAUUUUCCGGAAGUGGUGAGUUCUGACAGAAGUUCCUGCACGCGAGUUCCCCGACACUGCGAACCCCGAGCCAUGAGCGUUCCCGGAGUGCUGUCCUUUACCCAGCAAGGCUGGGAGCAGGUGUUGGUCAAAGCGAAACGGGCUCUGGUCUACCUGGACGCCGCCUGCGCCGAAAGCCUGCACUGGGGCUGCGGAUCCUCGCGGCUCCUGGAGGCGGUGGGGGGUCCUGCGUGUCACGUGCGGGAGUUCGAGCGCGAUGCAGUUGGUGGUGGAGCUGAGCAGCCCAAGGCGUUGUUCGUGUUGAGCGGCCUGCUGAAAGGCCGGACCGUGGAGAUUCUACGGGACAUUAUCUGCCGCAGUCACUUUCAGUAUUGUGUGGUGGUCUCGGCCGUGAGCCACGCUGUCCACCUCACGGCUAACCACGUGCCAGCGGCUGCAGCGGCCGAGCUGGAAGGGCAGCAGCCGGUGUUCGAGCAGCUGGAGGAGAAGCUGUGUGAGUGGAUGGGCAACCUGAACUACACGGCCGAGGUGCUGUACGUCCCCUUGUUACUCGCCCCUGCUGCUACCCACAUUGCCUUGACUCCAGCCUUUGCUACCCUAUUCCCAUUGCUACCCCAGGAUGUACAUCUCCUUAAUAAUGCCCGUCCGGACAAGAGGAGGCUGGGCAGCCUGGGUGAGGUGGAUGCCACUGUCCUGCCCCCAGAGCUGCUGCUGCAGAUCAGAUGCCUGGUGUCAGGCCUCAGUUCUCUGUGUGAGCAUCUAGGGGUACGGGAGGAGUGUUUUGCUGUGGGUCCCUUCAGUCGGGUUAUCGCUGCAGAUCUGGCUAAUUAUGCUCCUGCCAAGACCAGGAGGAAAACUGCUCCGGGCAGGGCAUCCUUGGUGUUUGUGGACAGAACUCUGGAUCUCACAGGAGCAGUCGGACAUCAUGGGGACAACUUAGUAGAGAAGAUUAUUUCAGUGCUUCCACAGCUUCCAGGCCACACAAAUGAUGUGAUGGUGAACAUGGUAGACCUCACUGCACUCCAUGCUGAGGAGGAGAAUCACAGUGUGGUUGCACCAGGUUGCCUUGCACAAUCCAAGUAA